AUGGGUUUGAAUACAUUAAAAAACUUAUUGAAUAAAUUUCCUUUUAAUAAAUAUCCAUGGAACCAUAAAAUCGAGAAAAUGACGAAAAAAAAAGAAGAAAAAUUGUGUAAAAAAUGGAAUAUUAACGAUGGCACUUUAUAUAAAUUCUGGUGUAUAAUUUAUAAAUGUGACGGGGAAAAAAUUUAGUUUUAAUGGAUUUAUAAAAUGUUCCAGGUGGAAGAUAAAAAUAUGAAUAAAUGAAUAGGAUUUUUUGGAAAAGGUGGAAGAAGAUUAAUUUAGAAGGAGGGGAAUGAUAGUAGGAUAAAAUGUAAUGGUUUUUAGUUAAGCUAAUAUGAAGAAAUUAGUUGGAGGAGAAGUUUUGUUUGGAUUAAAUUCUGAUUUUUUAUAGAAGUUCUGUGUUUUGUUUGGAAAAAAUUCUGAUUUUUAUUAUAGGAAAAGUACUGUUUUGUUUGGAAAAGGUUCUGAUUUUCUUUUAGUGUUUUGUUCGAAUAAAAUUCUGAUUUUUUUAAUUCUGAUUUUUUAAAUUCUGAUUU